ACGGAUGGCCAGGAGGUGGCGUCUGUGGUCAGUGCUCAGGAGAUCAGAGUCGUAGCUGAGCUGCUCCAGAUCUCCCCUGAGGACUCCAGAAGGCCAUCACACAAAGUCACGGAGACCAUGAGGGAGAAGAUCUACACCCCUCUGACGGUUGAGAGUGCUGUAGACGCCAGAGAUGCUGUUGCCAAGAUCCUGUACUCUCUGUUGUUCCACUGGCUGACUGAGAGGAUUAAUGGACAGGUGUAUCCUCGACAUCACGCUCUGUCAAUAUCUGUGCUGGAUAUAUAUGGCUUUGAGGACCUGUCCUUCAACAGCUUUGAGCAGCUGUGUAUUAACUAUGCUAAUGAGUACCUGCAGUUCUUCUUCAAUAGGAUCGUCUUCAGACAGGAGCAGGAGGAGUACAACAGGGAGCAGAUCCCGUGGCAGGACAUCCCAUUCAGCGACAACCAGUCCUGCAUCGACCUCAUCUCCUCUAAGCCCCAUGGGAUACUGAAGAUCCUGGAUGACCAGAGCUGCUUUCCCCAGGCGACAGACCACACCUUCCUCCAGAAGUGUCAUUAUCACCAUGGUAACAACAAGAUCUACCUGAAGCCAAAGAUGCCCCUCCCAGAAUUCACCAUCAAACACUUCGCUGGCCCGGUCACCUACCAGGUUCACAAGUUUCUGGAUAAGAACUACGACCAGGUUGGACAGCAGGUUCUCGAUCUGUUCAGCCACAGCAAGAACAAGAUGGUGGCCAACCUCUUCCUGGUUCACGCAGAGGUCGUAGGUCAGCAUAGAGGUCAUGUGAGGAAGAGCAGCACGGUGACCCGGAGACACCAGCCCCCCACCGUGUCCACCAAGUUCACCCUGUCACUUCUGGAACUGGUAGACAAGAUGGAGAGGUGCAACCCAUUGUUUAUACGCUGCAUAAAGCCAAACAGACAGAAGGAGCCAGGUGUGUUUGAGACGGAGCUGGUCGGCAGUCAGCUGAGGUAUUCUGGUAUCUUGGAGACCAUCAGGAUCCGGAGAGAGGGUUACCCUGUUAGACUGGCCUUCAACGUCUUCCUGUUUAGGUACAAGUCUCUGGUGGGUGUGAAGCAGCCUCCAGCUCCUGAUGGGGAGAACUGUGUCAUCAUGCUCAGCAAACUGGUUCCCCUCCGACCCGGGGCCUACCAAGUAGGAGUGACUAAGCUGUUUCUGAAGGAGGACGUGUACCAGUUGUUGGAGUCUAAGAGAGAGCGUGUCCGUCAGGUGGCGGCCCUCACCCUGCAGAGAUACACACGCAUGUUCUUUGUCAGGAAACGAUACAAGGAGUUCAGAACCAAGAUCAUCAGACUACAGGCCUACUGUAGAGGCUUCCUCACCAGGAAGCGCUAUUUGAAGAUGAGAAAGAGUCUGGUCAAGUUUCGUUCUCUCAUCCACAUGUACGUCACCCGCAAGAGAUACAUCAAGAUGAAGCUGGAGGCCCGCAGGAAAGCAGAGGAGGAGAGGAGGAGGAGAGAGGAGGAGCUGACGAAGAGAGAGGUGGUUAACGUCACACACCUGGUGAUCCCUGCCGAGCUUGGCUCUUUACUGCAGGCUGCAUCAGGUGGCAGAGAGCUCCAUUCUGAGUGUCUAGCUCUGGUCCAGGCACCACACAUCCAGGAGCAGAACCAGCUGACUCUGCCGCUGGACAUCAACGACUACCCCUUCAGCCGCUACGCACAACUCUACUUCAGGGAGCCUAUGUUUGGGAUGCUAACGGUUCCCUUGGAGAGGACCCUGACAUGUACAGAUGAGGACCUCCGACAGGGAGCUCUGGAGCUGUUCAUUAUGAUCCUGAGGUUCAUGGGCGACCCCCACCUGAAUGGGGCUCAGGAGAACCUGUUUGGGAACUACAUCAUCCAGAGAGGACUGGCCAAUCAGGGCCUGCGAGACGAGAUCCUGGCUCAGCUGGCCAACCAGGUGUGGCGGAACCCUAACCAUGACAACGCAGAAAGAGGCUGGCUGCUGCUGCUGGGGUGUGUCUGCUGCUUCCCCGCCUCCGCCAGGCUGCACACACAUCUACUGAAGUAA